GAUGAUCCUACUGCAUCUGCAACUUUCUACCCCUCUGAUAUAUAAAACCGCAUAGAAAAGCUGCGGGUUUUUUCGACUUGUUCCUCAAGACUUCAGACGCAAUAAUAAGAAACAAAUCAAUCAGUAAUCACAUUCGAAGGAAGGCAAAAGGAUUUAUAGCAGCGAAGAGAAGAAAAUGGCUGAGGACCUGGCACUUGAUUUGGAGGAGCUCCGCCACCUGCAUAGCAUCGCCAAGAGGCCCCGCAUCCUCAAUCUCAUCUCCUCUGAAAUUCUCAAUUUGGAAAAGUUGUCGAAAGCACCUGUUAAUGAGCCUACCUCACAAGCUCCAACCCCCAUUCCGGCUGCAGUUAAAGUGGCCUCUACCCCAGCGGUCAGUUAUGUUACGCUUGGAUCUUUCAGCUGGGAGCAGGAUAAUGAUAAAGUCAAGAUAUACAUCUCUCUGGAGGGAGUUGAUCAGGAGAAAAUGGAAACCGAGUUCAAACCUAUGUCUGUUGAUGUCAAAUUCCAUGAUGUUCAAGGGAAAAACUUCCGAUGUGCUAUUCCAAAACUUAACAAGGAAAUUCUCCCAGAGAAGUGCAAGGUGCUAGUUAAGCCCAACAGGGUUGUAAUCACAUUGAUUAAAGCUUCAAAGGGGAACUGGUUGGACUUGCAAUAUAAAGAAGACAAGCUGAAGCCAAACCUGGAUAAGGAACGAGAUCCAAUGGCAGGCAUCAUGGAUUUGAUGAAGAAUAUGUACGAGGAAGGGGAUGAUGAAAUGAAGCGAACAAUUGCAAAAGCAUGGAGUGAUGCGAGAUCUGGCAAGACCGCUGAUCCAUUGAAGGGGUUUAACUAGAGGGAAAUUGAAUUCUUUUUUACUCCCGAAAUGUAAUCUUUUUCCAGAUGAUCUUGUUUCGACAAUGUUGCAUUGUUUAUGCUUAGCAAACUAAUUUGGAACAUAAUGUGUUUAAGAGAAUUUUUGUUGAGCUUGUA